ACCUCACCCCGCUGCCGAGCAGCCCGGCUGCGGCGUAUCCGGUGGCAUGCAUACAAUGGCCACCUCAUUCAGAUGAGGGGCAAGUUUACAAUCAUGCUCACCUACCUAGGUUUUUAAAACAUACAGGCCAUUAACCAUGAGUUCUAACGGCGUCGUCGAACCAUACCAGAUCGCUGUGCCGGACGAGGCAAUCGAGAAGUUGAAGAAGAAGCUUGAGUUGGCGACGUUUCCGCAGGAGACCAGCUUUUCCAAUGAUUGGAACUACGGGGCGCCGCUCGACGAUAUCAAGAGGCUCGCAGGCGCCUGGAGGGAGACUUACGACUGGAGGCGCGCAGAGGCCGAGUUGAACGAAAAGCUCCCGCAAUUCACGACCAAGGUUGGCGUUGAAGGGCACGAGGAUGAUCUGAAGGUUCACUUCGUGCAUAAGAAGAGCGAGAAACCCGGGGCGAUCCCUUUGUUAUUCUGUCAUGGAUGGCCCGGGAGCUUCAUCGAAGUCUCCAAAAUCCUGCCGCUUCUUACGACUGGCGACAAGGACGACGAACCAACGUUCCACGUCGUGGCCCCCUCGCUCCUGAAUUUCGGGUUCUCCCAGGGAACCUCCAAGCCUGGGUUUGGGAUCUCGCAGCAGGCCGAGGCAUGUCACAAGCUUAUGCUACAGCUGGGCUAUACCAAGUACGCCACGCAGGGGGGCGACUGGGGGUUCAUGGUCACUCGCUCCCUAGGGAUUCAGUAUCCGGCUCACGUUAUCGGCUCGCAUCUAAACCUCAUAAUAGCACGGCCUCCGCGACUUUUGACCUCUCCUCUGCUGUGCCUGCAGCACGCGCUGGGGUGGUACUCUGCCCACGAGAAGGUCGGGUUCGAGCGCUCGAAGUGGUUCCGCGACGAAGGGAAUGGGUACAGCCGUAUUCAGGGAACUAAGCCUCAUACCCCCGGAUUUUCGCUGGCGGAUAGCCCGGUCGGGCUGUUGGCAUGGAUUUAUGAAAAGCUAGUCGGGUGGACGGAUGCGUAUGGAUGGACUGACGAUGAGGUUCUUACCUGGAUUAGCAUAUACGCGUUCAGCCAGGCCGGCGCGGACGCAAGUGUGCGGUUGUACUAUGAGACGGCGCAUAACCCCAAGGGCAUGGACUCGCUAUUAGAAUGGAAUGGAAAGUUACCGCUGGGGUUAUCGUAUUUUCCAAAAGAUGUGCUGGUGCUGCCGAGCUCGUGGGGCAAGACUUUGGGACCAGUAGUGUACGAGAAGCGGCACGAGGCAGGGGGACAUUUCCCCUCGAUUGAAAAGCCAGAGGAUCUAGUCGGCGAUGUUAAGAUGUUUGCAAAGAAAGCCGGGCUCGGGGCGAAGCUAACCCUCUAAAUUUCGGAUGCCUCGUAUAAUCGACUCAAACGGAACGAGUACUAAGACUAGGAGAUCCUGGAGUGGCAUCUGCUUAUUACCUCAAAAGCUCUUCUAUGAUUACCAAGUCACGUUUCUAGACGCCAGCAAUUUCACAGGUUUUGAAUUUCUUGGAUGCGAUUAACCAACCUUAACUACUUAAAUACUAUAUAGGCACAUCUUAUAAUACUCUUGGGAUCUUGAGUGUACCAUGGAUCCAUAAUAUUGUCUUGAUCAGUUCCGAAACUUGUAAGCAGUUGCCGUACCUUGUCAUGUUAGACGAGAAUGGAAUCGGCUAUCGUAGGAUAGCUCGCUACAAACAAAUUCCAAAUCUUUCU